AUGGACCGCAUUAAGGAAAAGUUGAACUCGCUUCGUACGGAGGCUGAUGCGGCGCUGGAGCGCGCCGAGGCUGCCGAACAGCGUAACAAAGAACUCGAGCAGGACAACCUGAGCAAGGAGCAAGAGAUAUCGAGUCUACAGCACAAACUAUCCGUACUUGAGGAUGACCUUGAGAAUGCAGAGAGCAAGCUGAGUGAGGCCAAAGUAGGCAAGGAGGAGGGCGAGGGCCACAAAUCCAAUGUCGAUAUCUUGCAGCGCCGCAUCGACAUGCUGGAAGAGCAGCUCGACGUCUCGGAAAAGAACCUCAAAGACGUCACGGAACAGCUCCGCCAGACGGAUGUGCGUGCUGAGCAGAUCGAGCGCCAGAUCCAGGGCGCCGAGCAAGAGCGCGACCAAUGGGAGCAGAAAUACGAGGAGGCACAGGAGAAGUAUGCAGCGUCCAGGCGCGAGCUCGACGAAGUUGUGCAGCAGAUGGAGAGUCUCUGA